AUGAAGCUGGUUUUGAUCUUCAGUGCCCUCCUGGGGGUUUCCUUCUGCCUGGAAACUUUUGUUGGGCACCAGGUUCUCCGAAUCAAGACAAGAGAUGAGGAGGAGGUGGAGAAGUUACAGUUUCUGGAAUCCCUGGAACACCUUGAGCUGGAUUUCUGGAUAACCCCUUCCAACCCUGCCCUUCCUGUGGAUGUGAGAGUUCCUGCUAACAAUGUCCAAGAAGUUAAAGCCUUCCUGGAAUCCUAUGGGAUCGAAUACUCCAUCCUGAUUGAAGAUCUGCAGGUGGUUUUAGAUCAAGAAAAGCAAGAUAUGGUGGAAAGCCAACAAAGGGAGCGUGGAAGCAGCAGCUUUGACUAUGGAACUUACCACACUUUGGAUGCUAUUUAUGGAGAGAUGGAUAAUCUUGUGUCUGAGUACAGGAACAUUAUGAGUAAGUUCCAGAUCGGACAAUCCUACGAGAAACGGCCUUUGUACGUGCUCAAGUUCAGCACCGGAGGAUACAACCGUCCCGCCAUCUGGAUCGACGCCGGGAUCCACUCCCGAGAGUGGGUCACCCAAGCAAGUGCCAUCUGGAUAGCUAAAAAGAUUGCCUCUGGCUAUGGAACUGACCCCUCCAUCACCUCUCUGCUGGACAAGAUGGACAUCUUCCUGCUGCCAGUGACCAACCCUGAUGGAUAUGUCUACACUCACACCCAAAAUCGCAUGUGGCGGAAAACCCGCUCCAAGAUUCCAGGCAGUGUGUGUGUGGGAGUUGAUCCAAACCGGAACUGGGAUGCAGGUUUUGGAGGUCCUGGAGCCAGCAGCAACCCCUGCUCAGAAUCUUACCGUGGGCCCAGUGCCAACUCAGAGGUGGAAGUUAGAUCUGUUGUUAACUUCAUUAAGGAUCAUGGGAACAUCAAGGCCUUCCUCACCCUCCACAGUUACUCCCAGCUCCUGAUGUACCCCUAUGGCUACAAAUGCACCAGACCAGCAGACUACGCUGAGCUGGAUUCCCUGGGAAGAAUGGCUGCCAGAUCCAUCCGCUCCGUGCACGGCACCACCUUCACAGUGGGAAGCAUUUGCACAACCAUCUACCAAGCCAGUGGAGGCAGCAUCGACUGGAGCUACGAUAACGGCGUCAAAUACUCUUACGCCUUCGAGCUGCGGGACACUGGACGUCAUGGGUUCCUCCUGCCAGCCAACCAGAUCAUCCCCACUGCAGAGGAGACCUGGAUGGGUCUGCUGAAAAUCAUGGAGCACGUGAGAGACCACCCUUAUUAA